AUGAGUGGUUGUUGGCGACCUCCCUCUUGGACAUCACCUAUCAAAAAACUCCUUUACAAUACCUACACAGUGUUUGUGUUCACACUACUGAACAUAUCCACGAUCCUUCAAAUCAUGGACCUACUGUUAAACGUCGAAAAUCAAGAUGAAUUAAGCGAAGGUAUCUACAUGAUGCUGACGAUAUUGGUAGCUUGUCAUAAAAUGUAUAGCAUGCUAAUGAGCCGUAAGAACAUCGCUGUAUUGAACGGUAUUUUGGAAAAUGAACCUUUUCAACCGGAAAAUGUGGAAGAAAUUGAGAUUCGAAGGAGAUUCAACAAAAGGGCUCAAAGACAAGCAUAUAUUUACACGGCUGUAAUCGAGCUGGCAGUGAUAUUCCAUUCGUGUAGCGGUGCUUUAAAGCCUGAAGGGCAAAAAAUGCCAUACCGAAUGUGGUUACCUUACAAACACCUCUCGUUAACGAUGCUCAUUUUUACUAACAUUCAGCAAGCUCUAUCUUUGAUCACCGGAGCUUUGGUACACAUCGCCUGUGAUAAUUUGAUCUGGGGCAUGCUGAUUCACACUUGCAGUCAAAUUGAGAUUCUUGGAUACCGUCUGAAUGCGAUCAAACCGGACGAGAUUCAGUCUGCGAAGUCAUCUGCGCGUUAUCAUGAUCGCGUUUAUCGGAACAACAUUAUUUUGUUUAAAGACGGUAGCCAAAGGGUUAAUAAUCAAAGCGGUACCAAUUGGCACUAA